GACCAAAACAGGAAGUGUGCUGUCUUGAUGAGGGGCUUCCAGCUACAGUGGAGAGACUGGCCGCCUCAGCUGCGUGUAAAGUUCCGUGUCCUGUGUUGGUGAGCCAGAGACAAGUCCAGCACAAUGGGGACAUCACUGUCCAGGGCCGCCCAGUGGACCUCCACUGACUCUGAUCACGGCAAACUGGAGUCCACGCCGAUGAACCAGAGCCUGCUGAACGAGAUCCUUCGCUUUGUGGAGAACUUCAGCUCCAAGAACCCGCAGGAGGCAGAGCUCUUGUUCGAGGAGCCACUCCAGUGGAGCAGUACUUUAGCCGCCUCUGACUUCACACCAGACUAUGAAAUCAGAGAGGAGGACGUAGUAGAGUCGCAAGAAAAAGACGAGGAGGGACGUCCACUCCUGCUCUUCUCUCCCCCGACUGUUUGUGUCCGCAACUUCCGCCAACUCUCCAAACUGCUCGGUCUGGCAAAUGAGAAGAAACUGCUGGAAGUUCAGGCAUGUGUUGAAGACAACAGAAAUCCUCUGGUGAAGAUUCUCGGUCCCAGCCUGGCCAACAUCCAGAAGAUUGGAAAGACCGACAAAGAUAAAGAGCAACAACAGAGCAGCGAGUCAGAGGCCAAAAUGAAGCUGGUCCGCCUUCUCCAAAGUGCAGACAAGCACAUCCUCCGCAAGUUUAUGAAGGAGAUAUCAGAGAAGGUGGAUCUUAAUCCCACUCCUGUGAAGAAAGAAGUGGAGUAUUUAAAGAAUGUUUGCAGUACUGGGGAGAAUAAGGUCUUGAAGUUGGUUCGAUACACAUCAGACUAUGAAUUUCCAAAUGGAUGCCGCGCCCCCCUGUGGAGACAACUUCAGGGUGAGAUCUGCUACCUGGUGGUUGAGCCAUAUGACACGGAGACGCUCUACAUCACCUGCAGCGCCGCUGGAGUCUUCUUCAACAUGGGCAUCAAGCCGGAGGGGGACGAGAUCAACUACGAGCGAACGAGUGAGGUGUUCAAGGACAUAGUUUCCCUUCUGAAGAGCAAAUCUCAGGUCUUUGCUGAGAGCAUGGACUUACAGGAUGCACGAGAAACUGCACGUACAUCAAAGCCUCACGUGGAAUUAGUGGAUGCACAGACGCAACUUUCACUGAAAAGGGUUGACAAGAGUGAACCCUCUACUCAAUUGAAGGAUGUCCAGUUGACUCCCAGUGAAGUGGAGGAAAAUAAAGAUCCUGACAAUGACAAGAAGAAACAACAGGGAGCCAAGAGCAAGAAUAAGGCGCAUUUCUCCGAGUCGUCUUAUGCAGACCAGUUGUCCUCAAUGAAAAUCAAGAACCAGAAACAGCAAGCGGACCUUUUCAGUGAGACGUCAUCUGAGAGUGAUCAGAGUUACGAAGAAGAGGAGCAGCCAGUUAGCCGUCAACGGAACACAGACCAGCCCUCAGACUACUGGCAGAUCCAGAAACUGGUCAAGUACCUCAGGGCUGGCGACCAAACGGCCACUCUGCUGACUCUGUACGCCCUGAUGGACUAUGACCUGAAGCAAGAGACGUACCAUCUGGCCAUUCAAGACUCUGGUGGCCUCAAAGUCCUGACUAACAUUCUGCAUUUGGAAGAAGUCAAUCUCCAACUUGGAUCUCUGGGAAUUCUGAGAGAGAUCAGCCUCAAUCCGCAAACCCGCCGGGCCAUUGUUGACAACGGUGGACUGCGGAGCAUCGUCAAUGCCCUGGACUCGCGAAACAAAGAUGUAAAGGCCUUGGCUGCGGAGACUAUUGCAAACUUGACCAGCUUCCGCCGGGCGAGGAGGACUGUCAGGAGGUACAACGGUAUUAGUAAACUUGUGAAGCUGCUGGACUGCAACGCUGAUUUGGCCAACGUGGACCCAAAGCAGGAGAAGGACGUUGAGGUCGCCCGCUUUGGCGUUAUAGCCCUCUGGAGCUGCAGCAAGAGUCCCAAAAACCAAGAAGCCAUCCAUAAGGCGGGGGGCAUCCCUCUGCUGGGACGCUUGCUCAAGUCUCCACAAAUGAACAUGCUCAUCCCCGUGGUGGGCAUCCUGCAGAACUGUGCCACGGAGGAAAGUUGCCAGGAUGCUAUUCAGACUGAAGGCAUCGUCAAGGAUUUGGUCCAACACCUGGGCAAUGACAACGAUGCACUCCGGAUUCAUUGUGCCAAUGUUAUCUUCAAGUGUGCAGAGAACAAGCGAACCCGCACCUUGGUGAAUGAGCACAAAGGUCUCCAAGCCCUGGUUUCACUUCUGAGCAAGACUGAAAACAAGCAGCUCAUGGCUGCCUCCACAGGAGCCGUCUGGAAGUGUUCCCUCAGCUCGGACAACCUGGAUGUGUUUCAAGAUCAUAAAGUCCUGGAGAUCCUGAUUGGCUUGCUGACUAAUCAACCUGAGGAGGUGCUGGUGAAUGUGGUCGGAGCCUUGGCGGAGUUCGCCCAGAAACCUGCAAACAAAGUCACCAUCCGCAAGUGCGGAGGGCUCAAACCUCUCAUUAAGCUACUCAUCGGCAGGAACGAGCCGCUGUUGGUGAACGUAACCAAGGUAGUGGAGGCCUGUGCUGCGGAUCUGGACAACAUGGCGAUCAUUCAGGAGCUUGACGGAAUCCGCUUGGUGUGGAGCUUGUUGAAAAACCCCAGUCCAGAAGUUCAGUCCAGCGCGGCGUGGGCCCUUUGUCCAUGUAUUGAAAAUGCAAAGGAAGCAGGGGAAAUGGUGAGCUCGCUGAUGGGCGCUAUGGAGCUGGUGAUUGAUUUACUGAAGUCCCCUGACGACAAAGUCCUGGCGAGCAUGUGUGCCGUGGUGGCCAGAAUAGCCAAAGACAAGUACAACCUGGCCGUCCUGACGGACUAUGAGGUCGUCUCCCUUCUGGCCAAGCUGACUGACAAUCCUGACGACAUGCUCCGCUGCCACCUGGCUCAGGCCAUCGCCCAGUGCUGCUCCUGGCGCAACAACAGGGCGGCCUUCGGGGAGGCGGGAGUGGUGCCCCCGCUCGUGCUCUACUUGAAGUCCCAAGACAUGAAAGUCCGCCACAGUACAGUGAUGGCCCUGCACCAGUUGUCCAAGGAGUCCAACAACUGCAUCACCAUGCACGGUGAAGGAGUGGUCAAGCCUCUGAUUCACUUCAUGGGCUCAGAUGAUGAGAAGGUUCGCAACGCAGCUGCUGAUUGUGUGCGCAACAUCCGUGUGCUCUUCCCAGGCCAGGCCAGGGCCAAAAAAGCUGCACCAGUCAACUGAAGCACCACAUCACACAUACAUUUUUACAAACAUUAUUAUAUUAUUAUUUUUAUUUUUUUUUUAGAAUGGAAGAUAAAUCUAUCCCCCUCUUCUGCCCACAAUUUCCCCCUUUGUCUUCCUUUUUCUCUUUAUAUCCCCUCCUGCCAUUUUAUAAAGUCAAAUACAAAUAAGGCAACAAGAGAAGUAUCCCACACUUCUCUUUUGUAAAGUACUUUUGGGCAUUUACAUCAACAACAAGCUGGAGAGGACAAAAAAAUUAAACAUAAAUAAAUAUGAAAAAAAGAUUGGAAGACAAAUCUAAUAGUUUUUUGAUGUCCCAAUCAAUAUUUUUGGAUCCCAAUCUGAUUUUUUUUUUUUGCCUCAGAUCCGAUUUGGGGUCCGAAUCCGAUAAUUUGCCAAUACAAUUUUAUAAAGCUUCUCUUAUUUUUGACUUUUGUAGUAUUGUUGUAAAUCAGAUGAUAUAUUAAAUGUGUGGUAUGGAAUGCUACAUACAUUUGUUUUACAAGAUAAAGUGGCUAGUGCACAAUAACUAAACAAAAGCAAAAAUUACUAUUGGUUUCCUUUUAACUACUUUGGGCUUUGUCUUCUUCUUCUAUCCAGAGACUCACUCUAGUCUGUAAACAUGAACAAAAAACACCAAAAAUAUGAUUUUGUAAUCGUACUGAUACCGAACUAGGUAUUGAUAGGAUCAACAUCUGGAUUGAUUACCCCUACUUUGAAUUGGCGCUUUAGCGGUUAGCUUCUUGCCUUGUCCUGCUUGGUAUGUGUGUGUGUAGCAUGCUUAGCCGUUCCUUUUUCUAUAGCCCCCUCAGUGAUAAUACUUGGAAAAAACAUAGUUUAUUCUUUGCCGUGGUGGGGAUGAUCUCUAUCUUACAAACAGCUUUGCACUGUGGAUAAAUGACGCGUUCGUUGCAGCUUGCUCUCAAGACACGCACACACCCUCUUUGAAUUCAUGCAACUGCUGCAUGUGUGUAACAAGGAAUCCCGGAAUGGAAUUGUGUCUCUCUGAACGUGCAUCCCUUUUGAAAGAAUCUUUCAAUUGAGUACAACCUAAAGCAUGUUAAUGUAAUAGUGUGAUGUUGUUGCGCUAUAUUAUAAACUAGACAGGGUGUUAUAUUUAUUUUGAAGUAACGCUUUUAUUUUGAAGAACCGGAUGUCCGGUGCGGGAAGUGUCUUUGCUGUUUUUGCGAUUGCUUUACUUCCUCUUCCUUCGGACUUUUGAAUGAGAAGGAGCAGAUAUCACUCCGCCAGAAAGUUGAGACCUGUGUGUGUGUGUUUCAUGUUUCCAACACAGGUUUCCAAUAAAUACUGAACCGACGGCAUGGUGAAGUGUCUUUU